GGACCUGUAUCCAGACUUUGCCUGACUCUGCAGGGUCCAAGAGAAUUAAAGAAAUAUAGAAUGACAUGAAGAAGAUUAGUUAAGGAUUAUAGGCUUUGAGGACAAACACCUCAGUGAAGUGAAGCACAGACAAGCUCCCAAGCUGUAGUUUGGAGGAGCCGUGUGUUGGAAGAAGAUGGCAGAUCCAGGAAUGAUGAGUCUUUUUGGUGAGGAUGGGAAUAUCUUCAGUGAAGGCCUAGAAGGCCUUGGAGAGUGUGGCUACCCUGAAAACCCAGUGAAUCCUAUGGGUCAGCAGAUGCCAAUAGACCAAGGCUUUGCCUCUUUACAGCCAUCCCUUCAUCAUCCCUCCACAAAUCAAAAUCAAACCAAGUUGACCCAUUUUGAUCACUAUAAUCAAUAUGAACAACAAAAGAUGCAUCUGAUGGAUCAGCCUAACAGAAUGAUGAGCAAUGCCCCUGGGAAUGGACUGGCGUCUCCACACUCGCAGUACCAUACCCCUCCUGUUCCCCAGGUGCCUCACGGUGGCAGUGGUGGCGGUCAGAUGGGAGUCUAUCCUGGCAUGCAGAAUGAAAGGCAUGGGCAAUCUUUUGUGGACAGUGGCUCCAUGUGGGGUCCUCGGGCUGUUCAGGUACCAGACCAGAUACGAGCCCCCUACCAGCAGCAGCAGCCACAGCCUCAGCCUCCACAGCCAGCUCCAUCAGGGCCACCCACACAGGGCCACCCUCAGCACAUGCAGCAGAUGAGCAGCUAUAUGGCACGUGGGGAUUUUUCCAUGCAGCAGCAUGGUCAGCCACAGCAGAGGAUGAGCCAGUUUUCCCAAGGUCAAGAGGGCCUCAAUCAGGGAAAUCCUUUCAUUGCCACCUCAGGACCCGGCCACUUGUCCCACAUGCCCCAGCAGAGCCCCAGCAUGGCACCUUCCUUGCGUCACUCAGUGCAGCAGUUCCAUCACCACCCCUCUACUGCUCUCCACGGAGAAUCCGUUGCCCACAGUCCUAGGUUCUCCCCAAAUCCUCCUCAACAAGGGGCUGUUAGGCCACAAACCCUUAACUUUAGUUCUCGGAGCCAGACAGUCCCCUCUCCUACUAUAAACAACUCAGGGCAGUAUUCUCGAUAUCCUUACAGUAACCUAAAUCAGGGAUUAGUUAACAAUACAGGGAUGAAUCAAAAUUUAGGCCUUACAAAUAAUACUCCAAUGAAUCAGUCUGUACCAAGAUACCCCAAUGCUGUAGGAUUCCCGUCAAACAGUGGUCAAGCACUAAUGCACCAGCAGCCCAUCCACCCCAGCGGCUCACUUAACCAAAUGAACACACAAACUAUGCAUCCUUCACAGCCUCAGGGAACUUAUGCCUCUCCACCUCCCAUGUCACCCAUGAAAGCAAUGAGUAACCCAGCAGGCACACCUCCUCCGCAAGUCAGGCCCGGAAGUGCUGGGAUGCCAAUGGAAGUUGGCAGUUAUCCAAAUAUGCCCCACCCUCAGCCGUCUCACCAGCCCCCUGGUGCCAUGGGAAUUGGACAGAGGAAUAUGGGCCCCAGAAACAUGCAGCAGUCUCGUCCGUUUAUGGGCAUGUCCUCGGCACCAAGGGAGUUGACCGGGCACAUGAGACCAAAUGGUUGUCCUGGUGUUGGUCUGGCUGAUCCACAAGCAAUCCAGGAACGACUGAUGCCUGGCCAACAGCAUCCUGGUCAGCAGCCGUCUUUUCAGCAGUUGCCAACCUGUCCUCCACUACAGCCCCACCCAGGCUUGCACCAGUCUUCACCUCCACACCCUCAUCACCAGCCUUGGGCACAACUCCACCCAUCACCCCAGAAUACCCCACAGAAAGUGCCUGUGCAUCAGCAUUCUCCAUCGGAGCCCUUUCUAGAGAAACCAGUGCCGGAUAUGACUCAGGUUAGUGGACCGAAUGCUCAGCUAGUGAAGAGUGAAGAUUACCUGCCACCAAUAGAACAGCAGCCACAACAGAAAAAGAAGAAAAAGAAGAACAACCACAUUGUUGCAGAGGAUCCCAGUACAAGUUUUGGUAAAGAUGACUUCCCUGGUGGGAUUGAUAACCAAGAACUAAGUAGGAACUCACUGGAUGGAAUCCAAGAAGAAAAAAAGAAAAAGAAAAGGCCGAAGGCAAAGAAAGAUCCGAAGGAACUAAAAGAACCCAAGGAGAGAAGAGAGCCCAAGGAACCCAAGACCCCGAAAGCCCCGAAGAUCCCCAGAGAGCCAAAGGAAAAGAAAGCAAAGACUGCCACGCCAAAACCCAAAUCCAGCAAAAAGUCAAGUAAUAAGAAACCUGAUUCAGAAGCAAGUGCUUUGAAGAAAAAGGUCAACAAAGGAAAAACAGAAGGUUCUGAAAAUUCAGACUUGGACAAAACUCCCCCACCAUCUCCUGCCCCUGAAGAGGAUGAAGACGCAGGUGUUCAGAAGAGACGGUCCAGCAGGCAGGUGAAGAGAAAGCGAUACACUGAAGACUUGGAAUUCAAGAUUUCUGAUGAGGAGGCAGAUGAUGCAGAUGCUGCUGGGAGAGACUCCCCAUCCAACACCUCGCAGUCAGAGCAGCAGGAAUCUGUUGAUGCAGAAGGCCCAGUGGUAGAGAAGAUCAUGAGCAGUCGUGCAGUGAAAAAGCAGAAGGAAUCUGGAGAAGAGGUAGAAGUUGAGGAAUUUUAUGUGAAAUACAAAAACUUCUCUUACCUUCAUUGUCAGUGGGCGUCUGUAGAAGACCUGGAAAAGGAUAAGAGAAUUCAGCAAAAGAUAAAGCGAUUUAAGUCAAAACAGGGCCAGAACAAAUUCCUUUCGGAGAUUGAGGAUGAGCUUUUUAAUCCAGAUUAUGUGGAAGUUGACCGGAUAAUGGACUUUGCACGUAGCACAGAUGACCGGGGAGAGCCUGUGACUCACUAUCUGGUGAAGUGGUGCUCACUUCCUUAUGAAGACAGCACGUGGGAGCUGAGGCAGGACAUAGAUCAAGCGAAGAUCGAAGAGUUUGAGAAACUCAUGUCCAGGGAGCCGGAAACAGAGCGUGUGGAGCGACCUCCUGCUGAUGACUGGAAGAAAUCAGAGUGUUCCAGGGAAUAUAAAAACAAUAACAAACUCAGGGAAUACCAGUUGGAGGGAGUAAACUGGCUACUUUUCAAUUGGUACAACAUGCGAAACUGCAUUUUAGCAGAUGAAAUGGGUUUGGGAAAAACUAUCCAGUCCAUUACAUUUCUCUAUGAGAUAUAUUUGAAAGGAAUCCAUGGCCCUUUUUUAGUAAUUGCCCCAUUGUCCACAAUCCCCAACUGGGAAAGGGAAUUCCGAACCUGGACGGAGUUGAAUGUGGUUGUGUAUCAUGGGAGUCAAGCUAGUCGUCGGACCAUUCAGUUGUAUGAAAUGUACUUCAAAGAUCCCCAGGGUCGAGUGAUAAAGGGGUCCUAUAAGUUUCAUGCUAUCAUCACUACAUUUGAGAUGAUUUUGACUGAUUGUCCCGAGUUGAGGAAUAUUCCCUGGCGCUGUGUGGUCAUUGAUGAAGCCCACAGGCUGAAGAACAGGAACUGCAAGCUGUUGGAAGGACUCAAGAUGAUGGACUUGGAACACAAAGUGCUGCUGACAGGGACCCCACUCCAGAACACUGUGGAAGAGCUCUUCAGCCUGCUUCAUUUCUUGGAGCCAAGUCGCUUCCCUUCCGAAACUACAUUUAUGCAAGAAUUUGGUGACCUGAAAACAGAAGAGCAGGUGCAAAAACUUCAGGCUAUUCUAAAGCCAAUGAUGUUGAGACGUCUCAAAGAGGAUGUAGAAAAGAACUUGGCCCCCAAAGAAGAAACUAUUAUUGAAGUUGAGCUAACAAACAUUCAGAAGAAAUAUUACCGAGCCAUCCUUGAGAAGAAUUUUACAUUUCUUUCCAAAGGUGGUGGACAAGCUAACGUACCUAACCUUUUAAACACUAUGAUGGAACUGAGAAAGUGCUGCAAUCAUCCGUAUCUAAUCAACGGUGCUGAAGAGAAAAUUUUGGAAGAGUUUAAAGAAACACACAAUGCAGAGUCUCCAGAUUUUCAGCUCCAGGCAAUGAUCCAGGCUGCUGGCAAGCUAGUGCUGAUUGACAAGCUACUGCCAAAACUGAAGGCUGGUGGCCACAGGGUGCUUAUCUUUUCCCAGAUGGUGCGCUGCUUGGACAUACUGGAAGACUACCUCAUUCAGAGACGGUACCCAUAUGAAAGAAUUGAUGGCCGAGUCAGAGGCAACCUCCGCCAGGCAGCUAUUGACAGGUUCUCCAAACCUGAUUCUGAUAGGUUUGUUUUCCUCCUGUGUACGAGGGCAGGAGGUCUAGGCAUUAAUCUUACUGCUGCUGAUACCUGCAUCAUCUUUGAUUCAGACUGGAAUCCCCAGAACGACCUCCAGGCUCAGGCUAGAUGUCACAGAAUAGGACAGAGCAAAUCUGUGAAAAUCUACAGGCUGAUUACAAGAAAUUCCUAUGAAAGGGAAAUGUUUGACAAGGCCAGUUUGAAGCUUGGUCUGGAUAAAGCUGUGUUACAGUCCAUGAGUGGAAGAGAAAAUGCCACCAAUGGGGUACAACAGCUUUCUAAGAAAGAAAUAGAGGAUCUUCUACGAAAAGGGGCUUAUGGUGCACUUAUGGAUGAGGAGGAUGAAGGGUCUAAGUUCUGUGAAGAGGAUAUUGACCAGAUUCUGCUUCGGCGAACCCACACUAUUACUAUUGAAUCCGAAGGAAAAGGUUCCACAUUUGCUAAGGCCAGUUUUGUUGCAUCUGGAAAUAGGACAGAUAUUUCCUUGGAUGAUCCAAAUUUCUGGCAAAAGUGGGCUAAGAAGGCUGAAUUGGACAUUGAUGCCUUAAAUGGGAGGAACAACCUGGUCAUCGACACUCCACGGGUGAGAAAGCAGACCAGGCUAUACAGCGCCGUGAAGGAGGACGAGCUCAUGGAGUUCUCCGACCUAGAGAGUGAGGCUGAAGAAAAGCCUUGUGCAAAGCCACGGCGCCCUCAGGAUAAGUCACAGGGCUAUGCCCGGAGCGAGUGUUUCAGAGUGGAAAAGAACCUGCUUGUCUACGGCUGGGGCCGCUGGACAGACAUCCUGUCCCAUGGACGUUACAAACGUCAGCUCACCGAGCAAGAUGUAGAAACCAUCUGCAGAACCAUCCUGGUGUACUGCCUCAACCACUACAGAGGGGAUGAGAAUAUCAAAAGCUUCAUCUGGGACCUGAUCACACCUACAGCUGAUGGCCGUACUCGAGCUCUGCUCAAUCAUUCUGGUCUGUCAGCCCCUGUUCCGAGGGGUCGGAAGGGGAAGAAGGUCAAGGCCCAGAGCACACAGCCAGUAGUGCAGGAUGCCGACUGGCUGGCCAGCUGCAACCCCGAUGCCCUGUUCCAGGAGGACAGCUACAAGAAGCAUUUGAAGCAUCACUGCAACAAGGUCCUGCUGCGUGUCCGCAUGCUGUACUACCUAAGGCAAGAAGUGAUAGGAGACCAGGCGGAUAAGAUCCUCCAGGGUGCUGACUCAAGUGAUGCAGACGUGUGGAUCCCCGAACCUUUCCAUGCUGAAGUUCCUGCAGAUUGGUGGGAUAAGGAAGCAGACAAAUCCCUCUUAAUUGGAGUGUUCAAACAUGGCUAUGAGAAGUACAAUUCCAUGCGAGCUGACCCCGCACUGUGCUUUCUGGAACGAGUUGGUAUGCCUGAUGCCAAGGCCAUCGCUGCUGAGCAAAGAGGAACAGACAUGCUAGCAGAUGGUGGUGAUGGGGGAGAAUUUGAUAGAGAAGAUGAAGAUCCAGAAUAUAAACCAACCAGAACACCAUUCAAAGAUGAAAUAGAUGAAUUUGCCAGUUCUCCCCCAGAGGACAAGGAAGAGUCCAUGGAAAUGCAUGCCUCAGGCAAGCACAGUGAGAGCAGUGCUGAGCUAGGCCAGCUUUACUGGCCCAACACUUCAACCCUGACUACGCGUCUGCGCCGGCUCAUUACUGCCUAUCAGCGCAGCUAUAAAAGGCAACAAAUGAGGCAAGAGGCCCUAAUGAAGACCGACCGGCGCAGACGGCGGCCUCGGGAGGAAGUGAGAGCGCUGGAGGCGGAAAGGGAAGCUAUUAUAUCUGAGAAAAGGCAAAAGUGGACAAGAAGAGAAGAGGCUGACUUUUACCGUGUGGUGUCCACCUUUGGGGUUAUAUUUGACCCUGUGAAACAGCAGUUUGAUUGGAACCAAUUCCGAGCCUUUGCCAGACUUGACAAAAAGUCUGACGAGAGUUUGGAGAAAUACUUCAGCUGCUUUGUGGCCAUGUGCAGGCGGGUGUGCCGAAUGCCGGCCAAGCCUGAUGAUGAGCCGCCUGACCUCGCCUCAAUCAUAGAGCCUAUCACAGAGGAACGAGCAUCCAGGACUCUGUAUCGCAUCGAGCUCCUGCGGAAGAUCCGAGAGCAGGUCCUGCAUCACCCACAACUGAGUGAUAGGCUGAAGCUUUGCCAGCCCAGCCUGGACUUGCCUGAGUGGUGGGAGUGUGGACGGCAUGACAGAGACCUGCUGGUGGGUGCUGCUAAGCAUGGGGUCAGUCGGACAGACUACCACAUCCUCAAUGACCCUGAGUUGUCCUUCUUAGAUGCACACAAAAGCUUUGCUCAGAACCGUGGGGCUGGUACCAUCUCUUCUUUGAGUGCUCUGGCCGUGGGCUUUGGCCAGACUCCUCCAGUCAUUUCCUCGGCUCAUGCUCAGGAUGAGAAGGUGACGGAGCAGGUGGAAGGCAAGGUAGAGGAAUCUGAACCCUCACCUGUCAAAGAGAAGUCCAAUGGGAAAGAAGAGGAUGAGGUUGACAGUGGAGCCAAGGACAACAAGCAGGAAUGUGAGGCUGAGGCCAGUUCUGUUAAGAGUGAGCUCAAAGGGGCGGAGGGCAGUGCAGAGCCUGGGUCCAAGUCCAUCUCAGAGAAAGGCUCUGAAGAGGACGAGGAAGAAAAGCUGGAGGAUGAUGAUAAGUCUGAGGAGUCGUCCCAGCCUGAAGCAGGAGCUGUCUCUAGAGGGAAGAAUUUUGACGAAGAGAGCAAUGCUUCCUUGAGCACUGCUAGGGAUGAAACUCGGGAUGGAUUCUACAUCGAGGAUGGAGAGCCUUCAGUCGCUCAGCUGCUUCAUGAAAGAACAUUUGCCUUCUCCUUUUGGCCCAAGGACCGAGUAAUGAUAAACCGAUUAGACAACAUCUGUGAAGCCGUGCUGAAAGGCAAAUGGCCAGUAAAUCGGCGCCAGAUGUUUGAUUUCCAGGGCCUGGUCCCUGGUUACACGCCCUCCACCAUGGACAGCCCUCUACAGAAGAGGAGCUUUACUGAGCUCUCCAUGGUCAGCCAGGCCAGCAUUAGUGGAAGUGAGGAUGUCAGCACAUCUCCUCAGUUGUCCAAGGAAGAUGCCCUCAACUUGUCUGUCCCUCGCCAGCGGCGACGGCGGAGGCGAAAGGUUGAAAUAGAGGCCGAAAGAGCUGCCAAGAGGCGAAAUCUCAUGGAGAUGGUUGCCCAGCUGCGAGAGUCUCAGGUGGUCCCAGAAAAUGGACAAGAAAAAGUUGUGGAUUUAUCAAAGGCCUCAAGGGAAGCAACAAGUUCUACCUCAAAUUUUUCAUCUCCUACUUCAAAGUUUAUCUUGCCCAAUGUCUCGACACCAGUGUCUGAUGCCUUUAAGACUCAAAUGGAACUGCUCCAAGCAGGCCUUUCACGCACACCCACAAGGCAUCUACUCAAUGGCUCCCUGGUAGAUGGAGAGCCCCCCAUGAAGAGGAGACGGGGCAGGAGGAAAAACGUGGAGGGCCUCGACCUGCUUUUCAUGAGCCACAAGCGGACGGCAUUGAGUGCAGAGGAUGCUGAGGUGACCAAAGCUUUUGAAGACGAUAUAGAGACCCCUCCAAUAAGAAACAUUCCUUCUCCCGGACAACUGGACCCUGACACGCGGAUCCCUGUUAUAAAUCUUGAAGAUGGGACGAGGCUCGUGGGGGAAGAUGCUCCUAAGAACAAGGAUUUGGUUGACUGGCUGAAGCUGCAUCCUACUUACACUGUUGAUAUGCCGAGUUACGUACCAAAGAAUGCAGAUGUGCUGUUUUCCUCAUUUCAGAAACCGAAACAGAAACGACAUAGAUGUCGAAACCCUAAUAAAUUGGACAUAAACACUUUAACAGGCGAAGAAAGGGUUCCUGUUGUUAAUAAACGAAAUGGGAAGAAGAUGGGUGGAGCCAUGGCCCCUCCAAUGAAGGAUCUACCCAGGUGGCUGGAAGAGAAUCCUGAAUUUGCAGUUGCUCCAGACUGGACUGAUAUAGUUAAACAGUCUGGUUUUGUUCCCGAGUCCAUGUUUGAUCGUCUUCUCACUGGACCUGUGGUGCGGGGAGAAGGAGCGAGCAGGAGAGGACGAAGGCCCAAGAGCGAGAUUGCCCGGGCAGCCGCUGCGGCUGCUGCUGUGGCCUCCACUUCAGGGAUCAACCCUCUGUUAGUGAACAGCCUGUUUGCUGGGAUGGACCUGACGAGCCUUCAGAACCUCCAGAACCUCCAGUCCCUCCAGCUGGCAGGGCUCAUGGGCUUCCCUCCAGGACUGGCCACAGCUGCCACUGCUGGAGGCGAAGCUAAGAACCCUGCUGCCGUGCUGCCCCUGAUGCUGCCGGGGAUGGCAGGGCUGCCCAAUGUGUUUGGCCUGGGUGGGCUGCUCAACAACCCUCUCUCAGCUGCUACUGGAAACACCACUACUGCUUCAAGUCAAGGAGAACCGGAGGAUGGCACUUCAAAAGUGGAGGAGAAAGGAAAUGAGAACGAAGACGAGAACAAAGACUCCGAGAAAAGCACAGACACUGUUUCGGCCACUGACUCUGCAAACGGAUCUGUUGGUGCUGCUACUGCCCCUGCUGGAUUGCCCUCCAACCCACUGGCCUUUAACCCUUUCCUCCUGUCCACCAUGGCCCCAGGCCUCUUCUACCCAUCCAUGUUUCUACCUCCAGGACUGGGGGGAUUGACGCUGCCUGGCUUCCCAGCACUGGCAGGACUCCAGAAUGCCGUGGGUGCCGGAGAAGAGAAGACUGCUGACAAGGCCGAGGGAGGCCCCUGUAAAGAUGGAGAGACCCUGGAAGGCAGCGAUGCCGAGGAGAGCCUGGACAAGACUGCAGAGUCCUCUGUCUUAGAAGACGAGGUAGCACAGGGUGAAGAGCUGGACUCCCUCGAUGGGGGUGAUGAGAUAGAAAACCACGGAAACGACGAGUGACAGUACAGUUCCAGUGAAAGUGUUGCAAACUUUUGACAAGUGGUAGUCCUACUGUUUACACUCACAGUUAAUGUUCAUACCUAGUUUUAUAAGCUGUUCUGUAACAUAGUGUAGCAAAAAAAGGAAAAAAAAAAAAAGUCCAAGUCAUGUUAUGCAGGUGUGUCCGAAGGUAUCUUGGUCAUUAAGUAUUGUGCAGUGCAUUAUUUAUUAUCCCUAGGAGAGAUGAAAUUUAAGGUGAUCAUGUCUUUUUAAGGAAACCUACAUAAUGCUCUGCUUUCUUCUUUGGUACCGUUGGUAUUAUAAUAAAGAGCAGUUUGUAAUGGGGCAGCAUUAGUGGAAGGACGUGCUGCUCAGAGGAAGUAUGAAGUUAUAUAUUUAAUUUUUUAAUUUUAACUUUUAAUUUUUGCUGUGAAGGUCAAGAUGAAAUUUACCAUACAUAUCAUAACUUGCCCAUUCGUUUCCCUUUUUGACUGUAUGGGGUUCCCACACUUGCGCAUACACACACAUCCAUACACUCUGACAAUCUCCACGUUAGUGUGAACGCCUCUAUCCCGAGGCGCAGCAAUAAUAAGGCAGCUGUUGAAUGUGAAGGGUCCCUUUGGAAAAUUAACCUACUGGGAGGGUUCUUGCCAGACAGAACUGCAGUUCCAUUGUCUCGUGGUCCUUGUAAUGCACUGGUAUAAACAAAAUAAAUAGAAGAGUAAAUAAAAGAGAGAAGUGAGAAUCAGGUACCUUUUUUAAAUUAAAGGACUUUGUUACUUUAGCCACAAAGCUAAAACAGCAUUACCUCAGCUCUAAACUAGCCUUGAAGUUUACAGACAGGACUUUGUAAAUGUAUUGUUUUUCUUUGUUGUGAUGUCCUUUUAUUUUUUUCUUUGAAAACUGCUAUCAUGUAAGAUAAAAUUGUAAAUUGCUGCCAACUGUAGUAAUGAUGCUUUUAAUAAAAGUGACCCAUGAUAUGCAGAUGUAAUUAGAGAACGUAGUAUGUAGGGGAACUGGUGUUCACUCUAUUUUUUUGUAUUCAUAAUAGAUGCAGAUACAGCACUCUGGCUUUUGUACAGUUUGUCAAUAUAUCCUCUUAUACUAGACUAGCUGUUAGUAAUACACUAAACUGUCUUCAAGACGAGACGGAGAGGAAAACCUUGAAUUAUCUUCAUGUAAUUCCUUGCUAGAUAUCUCAAUAGACAGGCACACAAAAUCCUCCUACAACUCUCCCAAAAGGGCGUCUGAGACUAAGAAUACUUAAAAUGUGUGCAGCAUGUGAUAAUGUGGUAUACUGACGAACAAAAGGGCAAAAGAAAAAUGAGGCUUUAAUAGGCACACUAUCUAGGUCAUUUAUCCUUGGAUAAUGGGUAGAAAAGCACAAUGCCGUAGUGUCAGCAAGGGACACAAAGGCGCUCUGGUGUCCUGCAGACCAGAGCUUGAUGCCAGGAACCAGUGUGUGGAAAAACCCAUGUGGAACUAAAAUGGACCCACUUAAGCACGUGUGCACACACGUGCAUUCAUCCAGACUCAAGAGCUGAGUUUAUUGACCCCUUUGACUUUUAGAGUAAGAUUUAAAUCUAUUUUCUAUGUUGUUUGAACAGACAAACCCUAUUUCCAUCCAGCAAAAAAGAAGAGGAGGGUAUGAGGAUGAAAUUGUUGUGGUCUGCCACCUUCCUCCACACCUCCCCCAGUGCACACACAGGUCAGCCUCCACUCCACAUGUGACAGGACAGCUUGUCUAAAUUUCAUUUGUACAGUGAUAUUCAGCUGACUUCUAUCCAAGAUGAAAAUAUCCCCAUUACAAUUGUGGAAGAGAAACAACUUGGAACCACCAUUACUGUUAAAUCUGGAAAGUUAACUGGCCUGCAGGAAGUGCCUUAGAAUGUCUUCUGAAAUGGAUUUCUUUGAACAUGGAAAAUAAGACUAGACCUGCACAAAAUACAGGGAACUUGAAUAUUUAACUUUGGUAGGGAGAAUUCGUUUAAUAAAAUGCAUUAUAAAAGG